AUGUGUUGUUUUCUUUUGAUUCAGCCAGCAGACCUCUACGCAUAUCAAACCAAGCCUAUUGGAAUGCACCGCGGAACAAGAAAAAAAUCUAAUCCCUUAGACUUGACAAUUCCCCGAAAAGCUUCCGACGAGGCAAAACUUGAAAUCAAGAUCUGUGUAUCAAAAAGAAUUGAUGCCAUCAAAGUAGGUUAUUUUUGCGAAAAUACGAGUCAUAUUCAAAACGUAGCAAAAGGAAAAAAAAAAGAAAUAUAUAAAAAAGGACGCUCGUUCGCACUCGUCAAAGCACAUACCCGUAACCGGUCGGACCGUUCAAUUUGCGGAGGCGAGGCACCGAACACCCUACGGUAUCUGGCAUAUUCAUCUAUCGAUACAUAUCACCACUAUCAACACUAUCAACACUAUCAAUACUCGAAUACUAAAGCGGAAGGCUUGCGGAGCGAAACCGCAGAUUCGAGAAAUAAGGUUGCAGUGAAGAUACGGGAUAGGAAUUUGUGA